AUGAGCAAAAGUAAGGACGGUGAGAGUAUUAUUACGCAGUUAGAAUCCAUAACAAAUCAAGACCAAUCAUUGUGGAUGGCAGAGAAACAGCCUAGUACAGAUGUAAACAAAGGAGAUGAAACUAAUAUGUCAGUUAGAUCUAAGACUAAGUCAAAACAAUCGGGUGUAUCCAGUAUUUCAACUGCCCGAAAAGCGGCAAUAUUAUUAAAGAAAUUCGAAGCUGAAAAGGCAGCUCUUCGUUUAAAGUUGUUGGAAGAGGAGAGUGUACAGUGUCAGGAAGAGGAAAAUGAGCUACAAAUAUUGCAACAGAAACAGCAUCUGCAAGAAGAAGAACAAAAGCGUCUACAGGCGGACCUUGAGAAAGCAAAGGUCCAAGCAGAACGUCGCAAAAAAUGGCGAGAAUUACAACAGCAAGCUAGAGAGUCUCAACUUGAGUAUAAUCAUGCUGUGAACGAGGAAGAAUGUAUGCGGGAAGAAGAGAAUAGAUCAAUGAGACAAGGACUAGUCGACUUACUCGGCAGCGAAAUACUGGAAGAUCGUGUUAUGCGGCUAGGCCAAGAUGAAACAAGGAAUGACAAUCAGGAUAAUUUAUUGAGUGGGCCAGAGCAACCGUUAGAUAGGCAGAAUACCACACACAUUAUUCCAGGGACAAAUGGGGAUAAUCAGGUACAUAGUGUUAGUGCAAGGGACAUACAGGGAACUAUAAAUGAGACGGUGUAUAACCCUGAACAGGCUAAUAGAUUUAGAGCUGAGAAUACUAUCCCAAACCUUUCACAGCCUAAAUUCAAAAAGAGACAGCCCCAACUGAAAGCCUUUUAG